ACAAAACCAAGUGUAUCUGCGCACGUGCUUGGCCGAAUCUUGGCUUUCCUUGUGGGAGCCACCCGCGUUAGCGAUCUUAGACUAAACAAAGGAUCCCACCACGUUCUUUACUUCUUACUUCUACCAGUCUCCCCUUAAUACACUCUUUAGACAUCACGAUUGCAAACUAUGGUCGACACAGUGGGUGCUGUUACACCUACGAUGCCAGAGGACGUGGUCGUCGACGACGAUGCUCCAGGGCCAGCCAUUUCCGUCUCCGAUUCUGGCGAUACUGGGGACGUUGGAAGGCUUAGGAUGAUUGUACAGCUCGUCAAGAAGUCUUUGGGUGUGAAAGACAUUGCUGCAAUGCGCCUCUCCUUACCCGCGUCCUUGCUCGAGCCUUUGCCAAACCUGGAAUAUUGGCAUUACCUGGAUAGACCUGAUUUGUUUGCAGCGAUUAAUGACCAUGAUGAUCCCUUUGAGCGCAUGGUUGCUGUGGUGCGGUUCACAUUCACAAAGGAUCUCAAGUUCAUUCACGGCAAAGUAUGCAAACCUUAUAAUUCUGUUCUCGGAGAGCACUUCCGUUCGCACUGGGACGUGCCUCCGGUCCAAUAUUCCUCCGACCCUGCCAAGCACCCCAUUUUGAGAACUCAUGCCACGCAUACACACUCAGCACCCGCCUCAACCACGGCACUUCCCUUCGAGACGGUCAGCGUCAAGAGCGGACACAGCGAGAACAGUUUCAAGAGCAUUCGCAGCGGCCUCAGCCUACUUUCCAAAAUUAAGCCAGGCUUUUCCACAACUCUUACCCCCGAAGAGCCCGUGGUCGAUGAAGCGCUCUCCGGUUCCAUGUCGAAUCUCUCCUUGGGGUCGGGUGAGGCCCGCAGCUCUGAUCACAUCCGUGUGGCAUACCUGACGGAGCAGGUAUCGCACCAUCCGCCCGUGUCUGCUUACUAUGCGUCAUGCCCUGCACGGUCUAUCGAAAUGAAGGGAAUUGACCAGAUAUCUUCCAGGGUAUCAGGUACUGCCUUACGUGUCACACCUGGUUCAUUCAACAAGGGCAUCUUCAUUGAUAUCACCGGUGGCACCGGAGAGGGAGAGAGAUACCACGUCACGCAUCCUGUGGCAAGCGUCAAUGGAAUUCUUAGAGGAAACUUUUACAUCACAGUAGCGGAUUCAACCAUCAUUACAUGCACUGGAGGAAAUGGCAAGCAGCGGCUAAGGGCAGUAAUUGAGUAUAAAGACGAGUCGUGGAUUGGAAAGGCCCACUUCCUUGUCGAAGGUGUGAUACAUACAUACGAUGAAGGUGACACGGAAUUCGAGCAGUGGACCAAAGUUAAGCACGUACCACAGUCGUACGUUCUUGCCCAUUUUGAUGGGUGCUGGAGGGGCCAAAUUCGCUGGCGGCGGAUGGACUCAGCAUCUGGGUCUCGCUCAAGUGUCUCACUGUCAAUCACUUCGGAGUAUGAAACCCUGGUGGAUCUCUCGGCUCUGCAAGUCGUGCCGAAGGUUGUUCGUCCUCUUGAGAAGCAGCUACCCAACGAGUCUCGGAAAUUGUGGGAUAAUGUCACUUCAAGGCUGCUUAACAAGGAGUACAGUGAUGCGACAAAGCAUAAACUGGUCAUCGAGCAGAGACAGCGCGACGAAGCAAGUGAACGCAAGCGUAAGGGCCAGGAGUUUAUCCCGCAUUACUUUGAGAAGGACAUAAGUUCCGGUGUCCCAGUCUUGACUGCCGAGGGUCGGAAAGCUUUGGAAGAGGAGCUCCGGGAAUCUUGCCAUACAGAACAGGAUCAGGGGCGGGACGCGUCGUAGGGGGUUGCAGCGUCUGAUGUCGAUUCAUGGUUUUAACUAUCUUGUUACUAUUUCUGUUGGAUAUCACGAACUCCUCCAAUAUAUUCUGAUCUCAUGACCAUUUGUGCUAAGCUCG